AUGACAGGUGUUGGUGAUUCAAUGAUGAAUACACGUACAUCGGAAGUGAAAUUACAAGAGGAAAAACGUCGUUUAGCAUUAUUACAAGAAUCAUUAGCUCGUUCAAAUGCUUUAACAAGUGGUAUGGUUUCAACAUUAGAUAAUUUUGAACGUAAAUUAAAAUCAUUAGAUGAACUUGUUACACCUGUUUAUGAAGCAACAAAUGAAUUAAGUUUACUUUUAAAUAAUGUUAAUAAAAGUUUAACAUUAAUUGAUUCUGUUUUACAUUAUUAUGAUAUAUGUGUGGAAUUAAAACCAACUGUAUCAUCGGGUCCUGGAGGAAAUUUAACAGAUUAUUUAGCUGAAUUAGAUCGUCUUGAAGAUGCUGUAAAAUAUUUUAAACAUGUUACAGCUGUUGCAGAAGGUGAACGUGUUAAACAAUUAUAUGAUCUUGGACGAAAACGUCUUGUUGAAGAAACUGAUAAACUUAUUUUAAGAUAUGCUAAUCCAUUAUCACCAAAAGAAGUUAUUGAAUUAUGUGAAUCAGUAAAUACAACAAAUAAAAAUGAUAUUCAUUCAAUGCAAGAAGCUGAUAUGGCUACAUUACGAGCAAUAAUUGAAUGGUUUAGUUUACAUGGUUUUCGACAAGGUUUAAUUGAUUCUUAUGCAAUUAAAAGAGGUACAAUGAUUCGACGUUCACUUCAACUUCUUGAGGAACAUGUAAGAAAAACUUCAAUUCGUCGUACAUCAACAAUUUCAGUUACCUCAAGUCCAAAUAUGUCUCAACAUGGACAAUCAAAUUCAGAUACAUUAAGAAAACAAGGAAGAAAAUUUGGACGGUUUUUAACACCUGAAAUGAGUCGUCGUUUAAUACGUUCACCAGCUACAAAUACAUUACCACGUGGUGUAAAUUCUUCAUUAUCAUCAUCAAUAACAACUAUGGAUGAUACAGUUAUUAUUGAAACAAGUAAUGAUCAUGAUACAAAUAAUUAUAUAUUAUUACUUGAUGCAUUUAUUGCACUUUUACAACGUGAUCGAGAUUUAUUAAAUUAUGUUUUUCCUAAUGAUUUACAAUCACGUGUAUUUACAAAAUUAAUUGAAUUACCAUUAGUACAUAUGCGUGAAGUUGCAGUAAGUUUAUGUGAAUCAAUUGAACAUUUACCACAUAAAUUAGAUGCAGCAAAAUUUGCAGUUUACGGAUUGUUUUCUAUUUUACAAUGGUUUAUAAAAUCUCGGCCAACAUUUUCGAAACUUUUUCAAGAAAGUGAUAUUCCUCAACGACAACAAUUUACAAUAUUAUCGGCGACAUUUGAACUAUCAGCAGUUAGCUGUCUUCGAGGAAUUUUAGAUGAAGUUCGAUCAGAUUCAUCACAACCAAGUCAAGGUGGUAAUGUUCAUCCAUUAACAUCACAUGUAUUAGCUUUUAUGGAAGGUUUACUUGCUUAUGAAGAUGCAGCUAUUAUAAUUGCUUCGAUGUAUGUUGAAGAAGAACAACGAACAAAUAGUGUUGGUUUAUCAGGAACAGAAAAAGGUCUUUAUGAUUUGGGAACAUAUUUUGCUGUUAUUGCAAUACCAGCAAAUGAUUUACUUAAAAUGAUUCGAGCUUUUAAUGAUGUUGUUUUAAAUUCACAAUAG